CUGAUUAUAUCUUCAUUACAGCUCUUCGGUGCAGUUAUAACUGGAUUUGGAGUCUUCUUUGUUGCGGAGACAAAGAAUGAACUUGGUGAUCAAGCAAUUGGCUUCCCGGUCUUCAUCCUAACACUCGGCCUGCUUUUGUUCCUAAUCGGGUUUUUGGGCUGUUUUGGAGCAUGCAAAGAGCAUACCUGCAUGCUUAAAACCUUUGCCGCAAUUGUCAGUGUUUUGUUUAUACUCCAAAUCAUUGCCGCUAUACUGGUCUUCUUGUUAAGGAGCAACUUUGUGGAGGUGGUGACCGUUGGAAUUUCCGCUCAGAUAAGGCAGUUAGACUUUCUUCCUCCAACCGAGCAAAGCCAAAUGCGGAAGGCGUUAGAUAAAGUGCAAAAAGAGCUGAAAUGCUGCGGAGGCCAUAAUUCCGGCGACUGGGGUGCAGCUGUUCCCUCCUCCUGUUGCGCAGGUGAGCCACCGUUAUGUCGCAAUCCCUACCAUCAGGGUUGCGCACAAGCUACUUACGAUUUGAUAAAGGACAAAACCUUAAUCGUGGGAAUUUUCCUCGUUGUCAUGGCGACCCUCCAACUUGGAGCAAUCAUUUCGGCCUGCUGUCUGGCCACAAAGAUCAAGGAGCAGAUGAAGACAGAUCAUCAUCUUCAAAACAAUUGA